UUAAUUGUUUAAACUUAUGUUUUUUCAUUUAUUAUAAAUAUUAUUUAUAAAUUUGAAUAAUAAGUUCAGUUAUGAAGACAUGCAUUGUGUGCGAAUGUAAUGAUCAAAAGGCAACAUUUCAUAAAUUCCCUAGUAAUCCAUAUAUGAGGCAAAAAUGGUUAAAUCAAUGCAACAUUAAAGGAACACUACCUAAUUAUUCAUACAUAUGUUCAUCACAUUUUAAAAAAGAGGAUUAUGUUAGUACUAGACUUAAGAAGGAUGCACUCCCAAAACUUGUCGAAGACCAAAUUGAAAUACAAUAUGUUCCCUCACAUAGCAAAAAUAAAAUAUUAAGUUGUUCAGAAUCAAGUACACCACAAUAUGUUGAAAAUAGUCCAAAAAUAUCUACUAGUACUUCUUUAAGUUCUUUAUCCAGUGUGAAUGACCACGGUGAAAAGUAAGUUUAAAAAAAUGUGUUUAAUGUAUUUUACGUAAAUGUAAUAUGAUUAUUAUACCUUUUGGGAAUGUAGAGACCAAAUUAAAAUACAAUAUGUUACCUCAUAUAGCAAAAACGAAACAAUAAGUUGUUCAGAAUCAAGUACACCACAAUAUGUUGAAAAUAGGUAUUAUUUGGACCUUGAUAGAAUAUUUAUAAAUUUUCAAAAAGUGUAGUACCUAUAUAAUGUUAUUAUUUAUUAUUAUAUUAUUUUUAACAGUCCAAAAAUAUCUACUAGU